UGUUCGUGUUGUCCGGGGAGGAACAGUCCUGCUGCGGCACCGCCGCUCCUGUCGUCACUUCCUGUGAAUUGGUGAUAAAGACGGGCCUGGCGGGAACUCCGCAGGUCAAUUUUUUGGGUUUGUUCGGUGAAUCCGGCGCGAAUCGGAACCAUCAGAACCGCAGACAUGACGGUGGGAAAGAGCAGCAAGAUGCUGCAGCACAUCGACUUCAGGAUGAGGUGCAUCCUGCAGGACGGGCGCAUCUUCAUCGGGACCUUCAAGGCCUUCGACAAACACAUGAACCUGAUCCUGUGUGACUGCGACGAGUUCAGGAAGAUCAAGCCGAAGAACUCGAAGCAGCCAGAGCGGGAGGAGAAGCGGGUUCUGGGUCUGGUUCUGCUGCGGGGGGAGAACCUGGUGUCCAUGACGGUGGAGGGCCCACCCCCUAAAGAUACAGGUAUUGCUCGCGUCCCGUUGGCAGGUGUGGCUGGCGGUCCAGGUGUGGGGCGUGCGGCGGGUCGCGGCGUCCCGGCCGGUGCUCCGAUGCCUCAGGCUCCGGCUGGGCUCGCCGGGCCAGUCAGAGGAGUGGGUGGCCCUUCGCAGCAGGUGAUGACCCCACAGGGCAGAGGGACAGUUGCCGCCGCGGCAGCAGGAGCGAGCAUUGCUGGCGCUCCCACACAGUAUCCACCCGGACGAGGAGCCCCGCCCCCAAUGGGUCGAGGAGCCCCACCUCCAGGUAUGAUGGGCCCGCCUCCCGGCAUGCGGCCCCCGAUGGGUCCUCCAAUGGGGAUGCCUCCUGGUCGCGGUGCUCCGAUGGGUAUGCCCCCCCCAGGCAUGAGGCCACCGCCCCCUGGCAUGAGAGGACCGCCCCCUCCUGGGAUGAGGCCGCCACCCCGCCCUUGAAGAGGCCACACCCCCUCAGAUCACCUGUUGUACAGAUUUUUUUUUUUCAUUUUUUUUAAAUAAAGUUUCCUCAGGAUGGUU